GGAGUAAACUGAAUUCCUAGCUCCCUCAAACGUCAUUCAUAUUUAUCUCAAGCGGAAUCAUCAUCAUGCCUAUACCACCCAAUCCAGACAUAAUAGCAUUUCCUGUAACAGAUCCAAAAUUGAUUCUGUCAGUUUCCGAGACACCUCUUGAUUUUGAGGUGGGCUUGGAGGCACCACUGGAUCUCUACGUGGAGAUAUUCACACUGAGAGAUAACUUGCAAACCAAGAGCAAGAGCAAUGUUGAUCCCGUCCGAUGUGGGAUUUUCACUCAUGAUUUUGAAGUAAUUGGAAAAUCUCGACGGAGCAUCGAUCUCACAGGAGCAAAUGGAACCAAGGAUGAGAUAAACGGAUACCGAGGCGGUAAUCUCGAAUUUUUUGCGGAACAUAUUGGCGAUAAAGAUGUCAAAUCUCUUUUGCUAACAGUCGCAGGGGGAGAUGGCCUGACUCGUGACAACGGUUUGAAAUCAGAUGUUGACUCUGAUGGAGGUAAUGGCGGGGAUGGCGGGACGGUGUCAGUUCUGUUUGGCAGUAUUGUUGGUGAAGCCUACCGUAAGGCUAUUCAGGCCAACGCUGACCUGUCUAUUCCGAGCAGGAAAUUUCCUUCUGAUUUCCAGAGUAUCACAAAAGAGUUGGUAGAAGCCUCUAGCACAAGUGAAAUGAAAGUGGCCAUCAACCUGUCCGAAAAUCUGGCGAAGCUGCAAGACGCCCUUGAAGCCAGUGAUAAGGAAGGCUUCCAAAAUGAACUUAUCAACAUUUUGAUGGCAUUGUCGGAGAUCGAUAAUAGCGUACAGGCAUCGUUCACACAAAGCGAGGAAGUUGUUGGAGGAUACGGCGGUAAAGCGUCAUCGGGAGGUACCGAUGGCAAGCCGGGCAAGGAGGGAACCUGGUCAGCUCAGUCCAUCUUGAACCCAGAGGCAAUCUGGGACAGUAAGAUAUGCUUCGUACACCCUCUGCAAUGUCGUAUGCUACUUGACAAAGCUAAGCUGUACUACUACGUCGAUGGGGAGGAGAAUCUAGCCAAAUGCUUGAUACUAUUGCAGCGCCUACGAGAUAGAUUGCUGUUUUUGGAUCUCAGACCAAAAAGUCCUGAAAAUGAGCCGAAAUUGAUCACGGCUUAUAGAGAGGCUGAGCUCCGCCUAUUCAUACCAAGCUCGCAAGAAGGUGAAGAGCUAGCUUCUAUUUCAGAUCUCCAAGCUAUCAAGGAUGAAGUCGAUGGAGUAUUAACACAGCUAAACUCUGGAAAAGACUACUAUGGGUACGAUAGAUAUGAUAUCCCUCCGAGACGGUACGAAGCCUACGACGAAAUUAUUGUCGAAAGUUUAAAAUCUCUCAAGGAUGCUGAGGAUUACUACACUGAUUACGUGGAAUCUUCUAACAAAGAAGAGAAGAGGAAAUCGUACCUGAGCAAUGCUAAGGCUGCGUGCGACACAACUAAGGCCAGCAACGAGAUUUUGAUCAAACUUGCCAAAGAAGAGAUGAGAGACCAAAAAGUUCGAAUUGAAAGCUUUACAAAGCCAAUGAAAAAGAUGAGUGGAGAUCUAACGACGGAAGUCGGCUAUAUCAAAUCCGAUAUUAAAGGCCAUAGAGGCGUUUCCUUUUCUCAGUUGCUCGAGGCUCUUGGCCAAGUUUUUAUGGUGCCGAACGAGCCCAUGGCAGUCUUGCAGGGAGUUGGCCUACUAAAUGAGAGCCAAUCAAAGAUACCAGAUGACAUGGGUGUGGAAUACGAAGGAAGUUGGCUUUUGAAAAAUGUGUCAAAUAUUUCGGAGGGGCUUGAUAGCAUUUAUGAAGGUUAUAUUGUCAGCAAGGUGGGGAAAAUAGAUCUUCUUGACCCAGGAGCAGCAAAAUUACAGAUUACAGCGAACAAACUGAUUACACUGCUGGAGAACUAUAACAGCAUCCUGAAAGAUCAGACGGCGGAGUUGAAGAAGAUGCUCAAGGAUUAUGUGGAUGUAGUACUCAAGAGAAAUGCGGCCGUUGUCCGAUAUAACAGCUGCUUAGCUGUGAUGGUAAAGUGCUACACGGAGAGCCUGGCCCAGGAUAAGGUGAUCGAAAAUCUUGCCAACGUUGAAAGGCAGACGGUUUUGACGAUGGAUAGCCCCACAAUGACCAUUGCUAUGAAGAGAAUAUAUGUAGCAGAGCUACAGAAUAUCCAAAGCUGGUUGUACAAAGCUCAACGGGCAUACAAUUUCGAGGCUUUGAACCCAACGAACGUCCUUGGUGAAUUCUUUCGCUAUAUUGAUAUGUCUCAGUACACCUACGCUCUUGUUGAGGCGGCUCAUCAAUCAUUGUUCCAAGCAUACAAUGAAUAUUUGGAUCUCUAUACCAGCUCCAGACGAACAUUUUCUUCGCACAAAUACUUCCUCGGGGAAGACGAAGUGCGGAGUAUCAAGUUCGAUUUUCCAGACAGUGCACUGCUGCAACUGAACAUUGCGCCCCCUGACCCAAAGGCUACCAAUUCCACAUUUCCAAAUAUGGCCGAUAUCCGACUGACGAGAGUCCGUUUAUUUCUACCCAAUGUUACUACUGAUGAUGGUACGCUUCAUGCUGCGCUGACUCAUCUGGGUGACGAAACCCUAGUAGACAAAAAGAACGCUCAGAUCACUUUUUCCCACAAGACAUAUCCUGUUGAUUUCAUCUACGACAUUGCAACAAACAAGCCGACAACAGACGGAAUCAUUGGAAAUAUGGAUGAUCCCAAUUUGUAUGCUCUUCCAGGACCUUUUGCAACAUGGGAAAUCAAUAUUCCCAAAAAUUACAAUCCUGGUUUAGUGCUCUCGGAGAUCGAUAAGCCCUAUUUGGAAUUUGAGGGAAUCUAUCGUCCAAUGGGCUAACAGAGUAAUUGUGAAAAUCACUAGAUCUUUCGAUUAUAAGUUGUGCUUAAGUGGUUACAUAGGCCUGGUUUUACAAUGGUAAGAUAAGGGGCAGUUCCUGCUUUGAGUUGAAAAUCUGUUAUUAAACACCAACAAUAAUUCCCACAUUUCAGCAUGCACUGUGAACGAUCCA